GAUUGACUAACGUCAUAAAUUAUAAUAUGAGGAGAACCAUAUAAAAAUGGAGAGGCAAAAAGAGGGGUUAAAUGAAGGAAAUCGCGAUAUUUUAAGCGAAAAAAAUGAAUCAGGGGGUUCGAUUAUGGGGUAUAGGGAAAAACUGCGGAGAAAAUUGAAGAAUUGGGAGAGAAAAUUCGAAGAACAGGAAGGACGUAAACCGGAGAAAAAAGACAUAAAAAAGGACAAAAAAAUAGAGGAGUGUUAUAAGCUUUAUAGCCGAAUUCGAACGGGGAAAAUUGAACCAGAUAUCGAAAAAAUAAAGAAAAAAGAAUGUUUGAUAAAAACUCAUGAUAUAAGUGAGAAAACAGACGAGAAAAUGGACGUAGAGAUUGCAGUGAAUCGGGAGAAUAUGGGUUUUUUUUUUGGUGGAGAUUGUGAAGAAAUAGGGCCCACACCACAGAAAAUAGGAAGACCGAUAGGAAUUUUUGAGGGGAUAUAUGACAGUCCAUAUGUUUUAGAGAGAAGAAAUGGAAGGGAAGAAGAGGAAUUGAUGCUAGGAAAUGUAAAAACUCCGGUAAAAAAAGAUAGGGAUAUUGAAAGAAUGGAAACCCCGAUAAAAACACAAAAUAGAAACAAUUAUCUUACAACACCGGCCUUUCUUAAGAGAUCAGUAGAAUUACCAUUAUCUAUUUCACCGAAAUUUUCAUUUAGAACGACAUUAUUGUCUAAAAAAAGUCUUAGUUCGUUAAUAGAAGAAUUGCGACAAAUAGAAGAUAAUUUUGUUGAUCCAGGAGAAGAAGUAUUGAGAGAAAUUGAAAGCCAAAGCAACAAUGCAUUAAUUGAAGAGGAAAUGGAGCUAAAGGAGCCUAUAGAAAAGGUGGUUUCAGAAAAUAAAACAUGGAAAAAAAAGGGAAUUAAACGAUCUAAAAGAAGAGUUAUAUUAAGACCUAUUAUUAAAAAGGAAGUGAAAAAAUUGGAAGAUCAAUCAAAGAAAUUAAUAGAGAAGAAAGCUUUUAAAGAAAAUCAUAUUCUUCAUGAAAACAACACUUUAAAUAAUGUAGAUAAAGGAAAUACCAAGGGUGUUAGCAAGCAUAAGAAAUAUAUUAAAGGAAAAGGAGGUGUUUUCCUUCAAUCUCAAGUUAGUAGAAAUUACGUAAGUUACAAGUUAAAAAAAUACAAGUCCAAAUUUCGACGAAGAUAAUGCUUUAAAGAUUAUUCAAAUUAUUCAAUUAAUCUUAUAUCAGUUAUAUAUAAAU